CUCCAGAAGAGGAGAGUUCAGAUACAGUGAUGCCACCACUCUGUGCUGUUUUUGUGCUUUUCAGCAAAGUCUAUGGUCUGCUUGGGAAUAUAAUUCAGCCUGACACGCUGGUGCGAGCUCAGAUCGGAGACACUGUGACUCUCCCAUGCAUCUACUCUGUAAACGUUUUUGAUAUCAGUUGGUAUAAGCAGCCUCUUGGACAGAAGAUUCAGCACAUUGCAGUGCAAGAUGUAAAUAAAAAUGAUACUCAAUUUUUCAAUGAGUUUAACAACAGUAAACGCUUCAGUGCUAAAGGAACAAAGGGGAUCUUUAACCUGACUGUGUCACAAGUAGAGCCAUCAGAUUCAGCCACAUACCACUGCGCUACGACGCCCUUCAGAGAGACCAUCUUUGGAGAUGGAACGACUCUAAUGGUGAUGGGUUCAGAGUCACACAACAGGACAGUAGAACUGCAGCAGCCCGAGUCUGAGUCAGUGCAGCCAGGAGUCUCUGUGACUCUGCAGUGUACAGUACACACUGAGACCUGUGCAGGAGAACACAGUGUGUACUGGUUCAGACAGGGCUCAGGAGAGUCCCCUCCAGGAAUCAUUUCCACCCAUGGAACCAGGAGUGAUGAGUGCCAGAGGAGCUCUGGGGCUGUGUCUCCCACCCAGAGCUGUGUCUACAACUUCCCCAAGAGGAACCUCAGCCCCUCUGAUGCUGGGACUUACUACUGUGCUGUGGCCACCUGUGGGGAGAUCCUGUUUGGGAACGGGACCAAGCUGGAUGUUAAGGGAAAUGAAGCCCUUCCUCUAUAUUGCUUGGUGGGAGCUUUGAUGUUGAGCGUGAUCCUAAAUAUUGUCUUCAUUCUGAAAUUGAGAAAAAGCUGUGAGAAUUGCAAAGGAGCUGCAUCAGACAACCAGGAGAGCGGAGAAGACUUAGCGAACAAACAGAGUCAAGAGGCAGAAAUGCAUUACGCUGCUUUGAACAAGAGGGAAGUGGAGAAGGAAUAUGAGGUUAUGAGAUUUAGAGACCGCAAGUGAAGCUUUCCAUAGAAAUGUAUCUUUGUCACAAGAAUGAUCGAAAUGUUCCCUCACUAGAGUUGGUGAUCAUUAUGCCAUGUGUCUGUAAAUGAUGUCACAUUUACUGGAUUUGCCAAGAGCUGUGCUUGUUCUUAUAUUUUUCCUGUUUUUCAAAAACACAAAGUAAAACUUGUACAGUAUACUCCCUGACAGUGUCUGAUAAAUGGUCCUCAAUGUGUUGAGUCGGUCUGGGGCAGUGGUGUAGUACAUUGGUUAGGGAACAGGACAUGUUACCUGGUUCUUAGGUGAAGCACUGUCCUCAUACCUGUUCCACUGAGCAAGGUUGGUAACUCAACUGUAUAAAACUCAACUGUGUGCACAGGUUGAAUUAUGUAAGUGUCUGUUAAAUGAUAUCACGCAGAGAUGGGCGAGCGAAACAAUAAGACUUCAAAACAAGGGCAGACUGUUAAUGUGUCAGCAGUGAUGCACUGAUUAGACGUACUCAUAAUGUUUUGCAAUGUACAGUUUUUGUGAUUCAGGGGCAGUCAGUGAUAAAAGUAAAUAGUAGAUCCAUUAAUUUCGGGGUUCAUAGACAUUGUUUCAGCUGGGGAAUGUGGGGUUAGUUCCACAACUGUUUAUGAAAGGUCAAAUGCUGUCCCAACCACUUUCCAUUCAAUAAAAUAUUCAUCACACACA